ACCACCCCGCACCAGAAACCAGAAGCGAAUUUCUUUCUCUCUCCACAGUGAGAGAGAGAGAGAGAGAACGAAUUCAUCGCCGUCUCAAUCGCCGUCAAUUCAAUGGAAGAAGAGAAGUCUCUGAUCUCAUCCAUGGUCUCAUCCGAACUCUACUCCCAAAUGGCCCAAGGUGAGCCGAAGGCGCGGAGGCGGAGGAAGAAGGCGAAGAUUGUCGGCGAUGAAGAGAUGGAUAUUGUCUGCGAGGGAAAGAAGCGGCGGCUCAGUGAUGAUCAAGUGAGGUUUCUGGAGAUGAACUUCGGUAAGGAGCGCAAGCUGGAAUCCGGCCGGAAAGCUCAUCUCGCCAUUGAGCUCGGCCUCGAUCCUAAGCAGGUCGCCGUCUGGUUCCAGAACAGACGAGCUCGCUGGAAGAGCAAGCAACUCGAGGAUGAGUACGUUCGUCUCAGAUCAUCGCACGACUCCGUCUUAAUCGAGAAAUGCCGGCUCGAGAACGAGGUCUUGAUGCUUAAGGACAAGCUGGUUCAAUCAGAGGAGGAGAUCAAGAGAUUAACCUCAGGAGGCGGCGGCGGCGGCGGAGUAGGAGGAGGAACCGGCGAGGUGGCCGUCGCCGGGAGUCCGAGUUCUUCGAUGACGACGGCGACGCAUUUGGGGGAGUUUGGCAUGGAUGAGGGGGAUGGAAUGUAUGCGGCGGCGGCGUAUGGGGACAGUUACUACUACAAGUACAUGAUGGAGUUGGGCUAUCUGUAUUGAAUGUGAUAUCUAAAUUAGCGUGGCAAUUAAGAUGUGAUUAAUGUGUGAUUUAUGUUAAUAAGUUGGAUUAACUGAGUUUAGAAUA